CCGUGAUUACUAUAUAUAUCCCACGAUUUCUUUACUCGUACCGGUCGAUAAAGUAGUGCAGCACGCAGCGCAAAGUUUUCAAUCAAGAGAAAUUUAUAAGUAGGAGUAAAAAAAUGGCCGAAGCCAAUCCUGGUUGUAAAGCAUGCUCUGGACCCAAGGGUUGUAUGUGCUGUAAGUGUACUAGCGAUGACUGCUGUACUGAUGAGGGAUGUUCAGCAGGUUGUAAAGCAUGCUCUGGACCCAAGGGUUGUAUGUGCUGUAAAUGUACUAGUGAUGACUGCUGCACUGACAAGGGAUGUUCAGCAGGUUGUAAAGCAUGCUCUGGACCCAAGGGUUGUAUGUGCUGUAAGUGUACUAGCGACAACUGCUGCACUGAUAAGGGAUGUUCAGCAGGUUGUAAAGCAUGCUCUGGACCCAAGGGUUGUAUGUGCUGUAAGUGUACUAGCGAUGACUGCUGCACUGAUGAGGGAUGUUCAGCAGGUUGUAAAGCAUGCUCUGGACCCAAGGGUUGUAUGUGCUGUAAGUGUACCAAUGAUGACUGUUGCACUGACAAAGGAUGCUCAGCAGGUUGUAAAGCAUGCUCUGGACCCAAGGGUUGUAUGUGCUGUAAGUGUACUAGUGAUGACUGUUGCACUGAUGAGGGAUGUUCAGCAGGUUGCAAAGCAUGCUCUGGACCCAAGGGUUGUAUGUGCUGUAAGUGUACUAGCGAUGACUGCUGCACUGAUGAGGGAUGUUCAGCAGGUUGCAAAUCAUGCUCUGGACCCAAGGGUUGUAUGUGCUGUAAGUGUACUAGCGACAACUGCUGCACUGAUGAAGGAUGUUCAGCAGGUUGUAAAGCAUGCUCUGGACCCAAGGGUUGUAUGUGCUGUAAGUGUACUAGCGACAACUGCUGCACUGAUGAGGGGUGCCCAGUUGGCUGCAAGAAGUGCUCUGGACCCAAGGGCUGUGUUUGCAAGUAAGAUUUAGUGCCCUGCUUGCUCUUUAUCUCUCAUCAAAGGUAUUAUACAUUACUACAAUGGUGCAGGUUUUUGUUCUGUGUGUAUUGACUACAUUGCUUGUGCAACAGUGUGAUUGAAAAGUGAUUUGCUACUGAUUUACAGUGAUUGAGAGAUUUAAAAAUUAGUUUUUUUUUUUUUUUGAGAUAUUUGGCAGUUUUUUUUUUUUGAUACUGCAUGUAUCAAAUAUUAGCUUUAACAGUAUUAUUGAUAUUUACACACCAUAUCUGAAGUUAGUUUACAUGGAGUAUUACAUACUGGAAAGCUUGUGGAACUAUUACAGUGAUAAAAUGAUUUGCUGAAGAUGGACAUUGAUUGGGGAAAAAUCAAUGAUUUAAUUGAGCUCUGAUAAUAAUUUUGUAUAAUAACCAUCAGUUACACUGGAGAAUAUGAAAAUCAGUUAUACUGGAUAAAAUGAUGCCUCAAGUUCUUGCAGAUUCUUAUGCCACUCAAAAGCUUGUUUAACUAUUUCUUUAGACAAAUGAUUCACUAAAGAUGAACAUUGGUUGGUAGCUGGAUAAUUAAUUGACUAACAGGAGACUUGGUAAUUUUGUAAUACUGUCAAUCAUUUCUCUUGAAAAUGUGACAUAUCUUAAAUGUAUGUCAUACUUUAAAAGCUUAUGCAACCACCGAUAUAUGAUUGAAAAGAAAAAUUCAUUCCAAGCAAAUUGAUUAGAUAGAAAAGCAAGAGAUUAAUGGAGACGCUUCGUUAAUUGAAUUAUUAUAAUCAGUUUUGUAAUUAUAAUCUGUAAAAUGUAACAUAGGAGUACAUGUAGCUUUAGUUUUCUUGUUUACACUUGCUUAUGGACAUAAUUAUAAACCCAUAUAAUCAUAUUAUUUGCAACAAAUAAUCAAAUUUUGCCAAGUAGAAAAAAAAUAAUAAAUUGUAAUUUUUCCAUAAAGAUUAUAAUUUGAAAUUAUCCUGAAUUUUGAGCAGAAUUGUUUGUAUUUCAAAUUAUUAGUUUUCAAAAGUUGUGUAAAAUUAUCUUGAAUGUUGAUCAAGACUGUUAACAUUUCUUUUCAUUUGUGGACCAAACAUUUCUUGAAAUAAAGUUAUUCCAGUUGUUU